AAUCGUUCUUGUUUCUAUUUUAUGACACGUAUACCUUACCGUAAUUUAGCCUUUAAAAAAAAGUGAAGGUCAACCUCUUUUAAUCCAAAGCUAGCUUUUGUAAAAAUAUUUAUCGCAUAAUAAUUCUUUAAUCUCCCGAACUAUAUUGCUGACUGUGAGAUAUUAGAAACAGGCAGGGGUUUCAACACGACAGAAUUCACAUGAAACGUUUUAGUCUCGAUUUUACAGACUGGAAUUCAUUACAGGUUCCCUGUAGGAGGUUGGAGGGGGACAAAGUGAAAGUAGACGUUGCAGCAGCAGGAUGCCACACAAAGGUUGACUAUAUACUGAGGGACAUAGAGCAAGGAAUGGUGAACGCAUGGAAGUCUGUGUUUCCUGACGCCUAUAAAAAUGUUCAAAUUUCCUGUGGUGAUAUUUUUAAUGAGGCCCCUGCUGCCCAUGCCUUAGUGUCCUCAACAAAUAGUUUUGGUUUUAUGGACAUAGGAAUUGACAUGGUGUACUCCAGGCACUUUGGAUGGCAAAUGCAGGAACGCUUACAAAAAGUAAUUCGAGAAGAGCAUGAUGGUGAACUUUUAGUUGGGCAAGCUGUAAUUAUUCCAGCCUAUGAUGAGCAGGUGCCCCCUAAAGAGGAGGAUCUAAAGGGGUGUAAUGAGGAAAUCCCCAUCAAGUACCUGAUUUCAGCCCCAGCCAUGAGGGUGUCCCAGUGUGUAGAAAAAACAGUGAAUGCGUAUUUGGCAUUUAGAGCUGUCAUUUUAGCAGUACAGAAACACAAUAAGAAGAACCCUGAUGACAAGAUUUUCAGUGUGCUGUGUCCAGGUAUGGGGACCACGUUAGGAAUGAUGGAUCAUCAGUACAAACAAUGUGCACAACGGAUGUGUUUGGCUUAUGAGACACAUGAACUGAAGCUUCCAGAACACAGGUUUAGAGUGUGUCCAGAGAGUCUGUGGUCCAUGAACAUUGAUCAGACAAAGAUGGUGGAGAUUGCAGAUGAACAUGAUGCAUCACCAUUGCCAGAUUCUAACCAACACUCUUCACGUAAAGAUAAAAUGAAUCAGCAGGCACAGGCCCCUUCGGAAAAAUCAGAAGAGGACAAAGUGAAAGUAGAGGAUGCCGCUGCAGAAUGUCCAGUUGUCUACAUAUUGAGAGACAUAGAACAAGGAAUGGUCAAUGCCUGGAAGUCUACCUUCCCUAGCUCGUAUAAAAAUGUUCAAAUUUCCUGUGGUGAUAUUUUUAAAGACGCCCCAGCUGCUCAUGCCAUAGUGUCCCCUGCCAAUAGUUUUGGUUUUAUGGAUGGAGGAAUUGACAUGGUGUACUCCAGGCACUUUGGGUGGCAAAUGCAGGAACGCUUACAGAAAGUAAUUCGAGAAGAACAUGAUGGAGAAAUUUUAGUUGGACAUGCUGUAAUUAUUCCAGCAUAUGCUGAGCAGGUGCCCCCUAAAGAGGAGGAUCUAAAGGGGUGUAAUGAGGAAAUCCCCAUUAAAUACCUGAUAUCAGCCCCAACUAUGAGGGUACCUCAGAGUGUAGAAAACACAGUGAAUGCUUAUUUGGCAUUUAGAGCUGUCAUAUUAGCUGUACAGAGACACAACGUGAGGAACCCCGGUAAUGAGAUCAGGAGUGUGCUGUGUCCAGGCCUAGGCACUGCUGUAGGAAUGAUGGAUUACAGGCAAUGUGCUCAACAGAUGCGACUGGCUUAUGAGACUUAUGAACUGAAGCUUCCAGAACACAGAUUUAGAGUGAGUCCAAAAAAUCUGUGGUCCGUGAAUAUCGACCACGCAAAGAUGAUGGAAGUAAGUCAAAUU